AUGGCGGGUGACCUCGGUGACCUCGAUGACGAGCUGAAGUUCAGACAACAUGCUUCAGCAGCCGUAGCCAAGGCCAACCAGAUUCUCGCUGUGAUCCGUCGCUCAUUCGUGCUGAUAAACGAGUGCACGCUGCCGCUGCUUUACAAGUCCCUGGUGCGCCCGCACCUCGAGUACGGCAACCUCGUGUGGGGCCCUUUCAACAGGGCGGACCAGAAGCUGGUGGAGAGGGUACAGCGCAGAGCUACGCGCAUGGUGGCCAACCUUCGCCACCUGCCCUACCAAGAGAGGCUCAGGGCUCUGAAACUUCCAUCGCUGUACUACCGACGCAAACGGGGCGACAUGAUAUUCACCUACCAGAUGUUCCAUGGAGGGGUUGAUGUUGAAGUCACGGAUCUCUUCUGCCCCGCCACGGGUGCCGUUACAUGA